GUGUGUUGUCAGCGUGUGUUACACACGCAGGAAACGCUCUCCCUGCCCUGCCGGGACCCAGGGCUGCUGCUCUCAGGGUGUGACUGAUGUAGAGGCUGCUGAUCACGGUUUAUUUGCUAUUUCAGGCUCCAGUCACGUUUGACGACGUCACUGUGUAUUUCUCCGCGGAGGAGUGGGAGGAGCUCGCGGAAUGGCAGAAGGAGCUGUACAAGGACGUGAUGAGGGACAACUACAAGGCUUUGAUCUCCCUGGGUCAUGCUGCCACUAAACCUGACAUUAUCUGGCUGAUUGAACGUGGGGAAGAGCCGUAUGUCAAGGGUCACAAGGACUCUGGGAAUGGAAAAGCUUUUAACUUCUUCUCAGUUGCCGAGAUCAGGGGGAAGAAGGAGACUCAUCCGCAGGAGACUCUCAGGGAAUUGGAAGGGCCCAGGCUGUUAGAACGUGGCCUCCAGAGCUCGGACAGGGAAUUAGUCUGUCAGGCUCAGUCCAGCUCAGAAGAUCAUCAGGGAAACUCUGCCAGAAGUGGAGUGGAGCCAUCCCCUCCUUGGCAAAGCGGGCUCACUGCAGCCACCUGGCAACGCUGCUCCCUGGGAUGUGAGCACGCGGCUCCCUUUGAACUCUCUGGGGGAUGCCUGCGUGUGGUUGAGGACAGGUUCUGGCCCUUGGACGUCCUUGCUCCCCAGCCAUUCUCUCCUGCAGAGACUCUGUAUAAAUGUAUCCAGUGUGAGAAAUGGUUCACUCCCCCACCAGCUGCUGGCGGUCACGGCGGGACGCCCCUGGGAGCAGAGCCCUCCAUUUGCCCCAAGUGCAAGGGGAGCCAUGGGGAGAGCUCUCAUCUUAAUGCAUGUCAGAGAAUCCCCCCAGGAGAGACCCCCUGUCUGUGCGCUCGCUGUGAGCACAGCCCAGCCCAGCCCCUGCCCCAGAGACUCCCCCCAGGAGAGACCCCCUGUCUGCGCGCUCGCUGUGAGCACAGCCCAACCCAGANCCCCCCAGGAGAGACCCCCUGUCUGCGCGCUCGCUGUGAGCACAGCCCAGCCCAGCCUGUGCCCCAGAGAGUCCCCCCAGGAGAGCGACUGUAUAGAUGCCCCGAGUGCGAGAAAAGCUUCUGCUACAAGCAGGAAUACACGUGGCACCAGAGAGCCCACCUCAGCGAUAGGCUCUAUAAAUGUAGCGGGUGCGAGAAAAGCUUCCGCUCCAAGCAGGAGCUGGUCUGGCACCAGCGGGCCCACGCAGCAGAGAGGCCGUACAAGUGCAGCGAGUGCGAGAAGAGCUUCCGCUACCCGCAAGAAUUCACCUGGCACCAGAGAGCCCACGUGGGCGACAGGCCGUACAAAUGCCCCACUUGCGAUAAGCACUUCCGCUACCAGCAAGAGUUCACGUGGCACCAGCGGAGCCACGCCGGGGAGAAGAGCUACAAGUGCCUGGGCUGUGAGAAGAGCUUCCGCUACAAGCAGGAAUUCAUGUGGCACCAGAGGAUCCACGUGGGGGAGAACCCCUACCGAUGCCCCACGUGCCAGAGGACCUUCCGCUGCAAGCAGCAGUAUACGAGCCACCAGAGGGUCCACAGCGCGGAGAGGCCCCAUAGAUGCUCUGAGUGUGAUAAGAGCUUCAGCCGGAACUCAGCCCUUCUUAAGCACCAGCGACUCCACACCGGGGAGGGACCUUACCACUGUCCUGACUGCAAGAAAAGCUUCAGGCAGAGCACAAAUCUUCUCCAACACCAGCGAUCCCACGCACGCAAGAGAGCCCGGCUGGAUGGGCAGAAGCCUUCUGAGGGGAGGCAACCCCAGCAAGGCCCUCGCAAGGCUGCGGGCAGAGAGACCCUGUAA